AGAUUUAAUGGCCUUAAGAUAGGGACUUUAAGUCUGUGUCUGGAACACAAUAGGCGCUCAAUAAUGCUGGCUUUGGCCCCAGCACCUGUUCUCUGCCCCGUCAGAGGAAGGACAAGGCAGUUAGUUGGCAAGCACCGAGGGGAGGCACCCGCGGGGGAGGGGAAACCUUUCCGAUACAGCACUCAAGGCCCGCACUUAGGGUGCAGACGAGCCAACCUCGGCGCUCAUGCCCUGCAUCCAGAUCCGGCUUCCUCUGGCCCAGCAUGCGCCCAUGGCAGGCUGUUUGCGCCAGGUAAACUUUGCGAGUCACCGACGUUUAUAGAGCACUGUGUGCCAGGCUCUGGGCGCCCAAGAGCGGACGACAGAAAGCCCCUCACCCCUUAAAUUACUUUGCGAGACCAGGGGUCGCUUCGCGAAGGAAGCGUGGGAGCCGAGCUGGCCACAGACUUUGAGGUCUGCCGCCCACUUGGCUUCCAGCCAGACCCUGGACUUCCCCUGAACGUUGUUUGAAAGGAACAAGGCAAAAAAUCUCCUUUGGGUCCCAGCAAGAACUUAGGUCGGUCCGGAGCGCAGGUCCAGCGCAUCCAGCCCCCCAGUCCUAGGCCAAGUGCCCACCCCGGCUGUCCAGCUGCCCCGCCAGCCGCGAAGUCCCGCCCCUGCCACCUGGCCAGUGGCUCCGCAGCCUUGGCCCUGCCCCUCCCUCCUCGCAGGGAGGGUUUCGGGUUGUAGGAGGCGGUCGCUGGCUGUCCGCAGGUCGCCGGGUCGCGGCUACCCGAGUAUACCUCAAAGGAACCGCGCCUCUAGGUGGAGCCCUCUUGCUCUCAGCGGCUUGGAGCGCACACAGACCUUCCACCUGCCAGAGCCCUCUGUCACCCCAGAACGUGAACAGUGAUGACGGUUGCCGAGGACAAGACUUACGAGUACAUCCGCCACCAUUUCCACAAUUUUUACCAUAUUCAUGUUCUGGAGAUUCUGCCUUACUUGUCUUGCCUCACAGCAAGUGACCAGGAUCUACUGCGGGCCCACUACAAUCUCAAGGGGAACCGGAACACCAUCUGGGAACUCUUCAACAGCCUUCAGCGGCGGAAUGGCUGGGUGGUGUCCCUCAUCCGGGCACUGAGGGCCUGUGAGCUGACUAGUCUCGCUGAUGAAGUAGCCCACGUCUACCAGAGCAACCUGCCUUUGAACCAAAGAUGCCCCCCGGCCCUGUUAGAGCUGCUGUCAGCUUCUGCUGAGGUUCCAGGGCCCUCCGCGCCUGCUGUGGCCCCCAGUGCCUCCCACAGCAGCUACAGAGACGAGGAGUCAAGUUACCCCAUACCUGUCCAGGACACCCAGUCGCCAGCAUCCCUGGGAGAGAGUUCUGGGAAGGGCCCACAGACACCCAGCCCUGACACUGUCCUGAGGAAGCCCAGUGGCCCCCAGGAGCCUUCCUCUGGCAUGGCAGCCCUCAGCCCUCAGCCCUCCAGUGGGCUGCAGGAGCAGGACACAGUACUGGGCAGUACCCACACAGAAGUUUUGCCACCUGCAGGCACGGUCUCCAGCCUGACAUCAUCACCUCAUGGACCUGUCUCUCCAACUGUCUCCUUCCAGCCCCUGGCCCGUUCCACCCCCAGGGCAAGCCGCUUGCCUGGACCUGCAGUGUCAGCUCUGUCUACUGCCGCCCCCUCCUCCUCUGUAGGGGGUGCUGGUGGCCAGGCUGAGGCUACCAUCUGCUCCAGUGGGGUCGGGGUGCCCACCAACUCUAUGACCACCAGCACAGCACCCUCCAAGGUGCCUGUCCACUCAGCGUUUACCAGCACAGUGCCUUCUAACUUGCCCACCCUCUCAAAGCCUCCCACUAAUGUGCCCACCAGUCUACCACCAUCCAAACUGCCUGUCAACACAACACGUGCUGGCACAGCACCACCCAAGGUGCCUACUGGCUUGGUGCCUGACCACAGGAUGCCCACGAGUUCGGUGCCCAGCAAGGUGCCUGCCAACAAAGCACCCUCCAUCAGGAGCAGCAACAGACCCGCAGAGGAGACACCAGUGUCUCCAGUGCCCACAGGUGCCCCUGCUGGAGGCAGCUCAUCGAGUGCAGACAGAAGCUCUGACAGCUGGGACUCAGGGCCAGAGCUGAGCAAACCGGGCAGGCUGUCUUCCCAGGACAGCCAGCCGUUCUCCGGCUGCUCGGAGGACCUUGCCAUUAGCUGCGACUCCUCGGGCCCAAAAUCUAACAAUGCCCCAGAGGAGAACGAGUACAGUUCGGUGAAUGGCUUGAGCAUCCACGUGGCUGAAGGUCCCAGUGUUGACCUCAUGGCGGGCAACCCUGGGCUGCAUGCUGUCCCCCUGCACAGGGCAGAGGAGCAGGAGACCCAGACUGCUGGAACACCAUGGGAUCCAUGGGCUCCAUGGCUCGGGGCAGCUGCUGCUGGGGCACUCCUGGCCACACUGCUGGCUGUGCUGUACCGGCGGCGCCUGCUCCAGUGAGGCCCCUCUGCCCUCCCUGCCGUGUAUCUGCUCCCUUCCCUUCAGUACAUUUGGCCUGAGUCACUAGAGCUGGUCCCAUCCGCCUUGUCCCUUUCUUGGGACUGGCAGAGGCUGGAUCAGAGGGGACCCAGGCCUGCAGCUGUGUGUGGAGGCUGGGUCAUUGCCAACUGAGUCCUGGGAGGCAACAUUUCUGUCACAGCUGGUGCACCCUGCAGCUCCCUUACCAUCCUCAGCUUUCUGGGCCCAGGGCUGCCCCAUUUCUCCAGACCUGCCACCUGGCAAUCAGGGUUGUUGCCCUUGUCCUCUGGAGGAGGUGCCUCCAUCCAGGCCUUAUUCAGGAGGUGUCGCUGAAGGGGGGGGGCGAAGGGGGGGAUUGGCAACACCCAGUCCCAGCCCCACCCCCACCCCAGUCCUGCCCUGGUCCCUGGCCGCUGACAGCAGAUAUCCGGGAAGAGGGAUCCACAAGACCUCACUCCCAGCCCCCAGCAGCCCAGCCUGAGGCCUUUGCCCUUGAGAGCACCCUAGAGAACACUAGAGCUUCUGUCCUCCACUCAUGCCAGGCAAGGGUGGGGAAAAGGUCUGGAGGUUCCUGUGGACCCCUGGGAAGCCUGAGACAGCUGCUAGGCCUGAGGAUACCCUCUGAAGCCCCUUUUCAGUUUCCUCACCCCCUUUUUCCUCUUUCCCUUCCUCCUGGUCCCCAUCCCCAUGCAGAGUGGGGAGGGGCCCUUUGGCUAGGGGAGGGGACCUUCUGGGCAGAGCUCAGGUCAAAAGUUUGGACUUCAGCUUCACUCCUUCCUGGGCUGUAUGGCCUGGGCACAUGAUCUGACGUCUCUGGUCUUGCCUCCCCACAUGGACUGUAUCGUGGCUCACCCUUCCCUGGGUUCUAAUGAGAUGGAAGUGUACACGUGUGUGUCAAGUGCCUGCCUGGCCCAGAGCAGGUGGCCACUAAAUGCUUCUCCCACCUCUCCCCUGCCCACCCUAGUAGAGACGAUGGCAGGAGAGGCAGAGUGCCAGUUGGUAAGGGUGCAACUGCAGCGUAGGGUAGCCUGGGCCGAGUCCCUCUCUGCCUCUCAUCACCAUGCUCUUGGGCAAGGUGUUAACCUCUGUGCAUGUUUUCUUAGCUGCGAAAGGGGGAUGCAUAGUAAAAAAUAAUAAGUAAAUAAAUAAGUAUACAUAUAUA